AUGAAUCGAACGAAACGUCAAAACAAUGAUCUAAUUCAAUUUUCAAAUAGUAAUAAAAAACGAAAAUUAGAAAAUCAAAAUUAUUAUCAGAAUAUUCUUAUACCAAAUCGUCAUCGAAUAAAAAUCGUUCGUUUAUCAUCAAAUCCAUUUACUACUGAUAUAAUUUUCUCACCACCACGUUCUAUUUUAAAUUUUAUUCAUCUUGAAAUAUUUACUCUUGAUAAUCCGGUCAAUUUAAUAUGUUCAAAUAUUGAAAAAGAAAAUUUAAAUUCAGUGAAACAUCUUUAUAUAGCUAGUGAAGAAAUUGGACAUAAUUGUGUGAAUUAUUUUCCAAAUGUUAAAACAUUAUCUAUUAAAAAUACAUUUAGCAAACCAAUUGAUUCGACUAUUGCAACUCUUCAAUGUAUGAUUCCUUUAAUGCAAUUGACGAAAUUAAUUAUUGAAUGUUUUAUUUUUCCAAUUAAAAACAUUAUCAAUUUAUUAUAUUUGACACCUAAUAUACAUACAUUAAGUUUGAAUUCAUUAUUAUUGAAUGAUAUGAAUAAGAAUUCAAAGAAACAAAAUGAAAUUUUACAAUAUAUAUCAAAGAAAAAUAAAAUACAAAAAUUAGUACUUAAUUGGAGACGUUCAUUAAGUAACAUUCAAUUUGUUGUUGAUUUAUUUCCAAGAUUAAAAUAUCUCAAAGUUGAAAUGGACAGAAAAGAAAUCAAACAAAUAAUUCAAUUUUUAUUAUCAAAAACUCAUAAUAAAACACGAAAUUUAUGUAUUUUUAAAGUACCAAAAGUAUGUUUAAAACAAACAAAAAUUUUAAUUAAAUCAAAAAACUUACUCAAUAGUUAUUCUAUUAAAUAUAUUAAUAAGGAUUUACAUUUCUGGUGGUGAAAGUUUUCGUUACUUUGGAUAUACUUUGUUUAUGUUUUUGUUCUAUAUAAUCUUAAUUAUUUUUAAAUAAAUAAAUUAAAAAUUGAAAUUCAAUAACCAGUAUGAUUUUAUAUAAAUAGCACAUCAAUAGAACGAAAUUUUUUUAUAGUGUAACUCAAAUAGAUUUUUCCCUUGGUAUUGUUUUUGUUGUUACACUUCGUUUGUUUUGAAACAACAAAUGUCUCUUAGAGUGUAAAAGAUGCAUUAGGUAAAAGGUAACAAUUUUUUUACUAUAGGAUUGUCAUAAUGUUGUAUUUCUUUUCCUUUUCAUUUUCGAAAGACUUGAGAAAAGAGUGUAAGUGUGGGUGUCGAAACUUUUUGCCACAUCAUUACUUUCCAUUCGCUAUCAGCAUUCUAUAUCUCUAUCUAUGCGAAGUUGAAACUAUCAUUCAAGUAACAUUAGUAUGUUGGGAUAUGGAUUCAUUUCGUUCUAAGUUUCGAAUACACUCAGAUUCUUAUUAAAGUCUAUCAAAUUAUUUAACGAGAAAUUCACCUACAGCAACACGCCUGAUCUUUUCGUCGUAUCCCAAAUAGAGUUUCAAUCGAUGUAAAUAAACAAACGAAAAAUUGUAUCUACGUAAGAAGAAGACAUCAGAAAAAAAUUUAUUAUUUUCUAUUGAUGAAAAAACUUAAAUUUCUCAUUUCGUUUACGAUUUACAAUUGUCGACAAAUUAAAUCUUACAAGAAUCGAAUGAUAGUGUAAUAUUCGAGCAUAGAAUCAGAUGCUUUGUCCUUUCAAUCUGCAUAAGUCACAAAGGUUAAAAAAAAAAUACAUUCUUCUAAAAAUCUCAAACUGCAACUCUAAGAACUUUUAUAGAUUCCUGAAAAGAAUAGUUCGAAAAUAUUUCCUAUUAAAAAAUGAAACAUUCGAUUUCUCUUAAGUGCUUUGUGUAUAAGAUUUAAUUAGUAUUAGAAACAAAUUUAACACUAGAAAAAAUACGUUAUUCUAUAUCAAAUAUUUUUUUCUAGAUUUAUAUAAGAUGUGAAUUACUAAGAUGAUAAAAUUUAGAAAGUUCUCGUUUAUUCAACGUGAACAAAAGAACUUCUACUAUGUUAGAUUACCAACCAAACAUUUUCUUUAUGAUAUUUUUCUUGGAGUUUUAGAUCUUUUUCGGUCGUCGAACGUUUCAAAGUUUAGAAAUUUUGAAGCAUUUUACUGUAGUUGAUUAUUUAUAUUUCAAAGAAUUUUUUUUUUUUGAUUUCAAAUGAAUUCAAAAUAAUAAAAUAUUUCGGAUUUUUAUACAUUCGUUUACAAUAGAAUCGAUUUUAUUGUGUUUCACAUAUUAAUUCAACAGGUAUUGAAACAAACAUCUUUUCAUUUGACUAAAAAGCUAGGAAGGAGGAUAUGGAUUUGGACAUAGUAUCUGUUAAACAAUCAGAUCCAUAGCUCACAUCGUCUCAAUAAAUAGUUCGUAUAAUACUGGAUCAAACGUUGCUUUUUUGACAAACACUUCAUGCUUUAUAGGAAGUUCAAAAAACAUCUUCAAAAAUAUGACAAAAAUAAAAUUUAGUUCAACUAAAGCUUCUCUUAAGAUCUUCACCUUUACCGAAC